AUGGUCAAAGCCGUUGCUGUCGUUCGUGGUGACUCCACGGUCUCGGGAACCGUCACCUUCGAGCAGGACUCUGAGUCUUCCCCUACUACCAUCACCUGGGACAUCACGGGCCAGGACGCGAACGCCAAGCGUGGCAUGCACAUCCACACCUUUGGCGACAACACCAAUGGCUGCACCUCCGCCGGUCCCCAUUUCAACCCCCAUGGCAAGACCCACGGUGCUCCUACUGACGAGGCCCGCCACGUCGGUGACCUUGGCAACAUCGAUACCGACGCCCAGGGCAACGCCGAGGGCUCCGUGACCGAUAGCUUCGUCAAGCUUAUUGGCCCUGAGAGCGUCAUUGGCCGCACUGUUGUCGUCCACGGCGGCACUGACGACCUCGGCAAGGGUGGAAACGAGGAGUCCCUGAAGACCGGCAACGCUGGUCCCCGUCCUGCCUGCGGUGUUAUUGGCAUUUCGGCGUAA